AUCCCGGAGCGGGCUGCCUCGCAUCGCCGGCCCAGCGCCCCGGCCCGGCCCCGGCGCUGAGGCGGAGCCGGUGCUGGCGGUGCGGCGGCGGCGGGGCCGAUGCCGCUGCCGGCCGGAGCCCUGCCUCGGGCGGUGGCCGUGCUCUCGUUCUCCGUCCUGCUGAGCGCCCGGGGCGCUGCCCAGCGCCGCCCGGCCCACAGUAAUUUAUCUGCAAGCUGUUGGUCCCGUCUUCAUCCUGUAAACAUGUUCAACAGUUAUAAUCUGAAGUUGCACCACAGCAAAGCUCUCACCUCCCCAUAUCCAGGAUCACACAUUGAGCGUAGCCAAGUUCCUGAAGAUAAGGUGGACUGGCUAACUGAGUGGAAAGAUUAUAAUCCUGUGGAGUACACUGCAAAGUCUGUUUUGGCCGGACCCAGUUGGGCAGAUCCCCAAAUCAACGAUGAAGGUUUUUCUCCCAAAUUCAAUGAGAGAGAUGGAGAAGUGGAGAGGAAGAGUCUGAACGGCUUGUACAUGGUCGAGAAUGGGAGACCCCGCAAUCCAGUGGGAAGGACUGGCCUCACUGGCAGAGGAUUGUUGGGGCGCUGGGGACCAAACCAUGCUGCUGAUCCUGUUGUAACCAGGUGGAAAAGGGACGGAAGUGGCAAUAAAAUUGCUCAUCCAGUUUCCGGCAAGAACAUACUGCAGUUCGUAGCCAUCAAGAGGAGAGAUUGUGGGGAGUGGGCCAUUCCAGGGGGGAUGGUGGAUCCAGGGGAGAAGAUCACUGCUACCCUGAAGCGAGAAUUUGAGGAGGAGGCCUUGAACUCUCUGCAGAAAUCCCCUGAGGAGAAAGCAAAAUUGGAGAAGCAGCUCCAGAAGCUCUUCAGCCAGGAACACUUAGUGGUAUACAGAGGAUAUGUGGAUGACCCUCGUAACACUGAUAAUGCCUGGAUGGAGACAGAGGCUGUGAACUAUCAUGAUGAAACAGGUGAGACGAUGGAUAACUUGCCUCUGGAAGCAGGUGAUGAUGCUGGAGUGGUGAAGUGGGUUGACAUCAGUGAGAAGCUGGAGCUGUACGCGAGUCACAGCUACUUCAUCAGGCUGGUGACUGAGGAACGGGGAGCCCACUGGAGUGAGCAUCCUGGCUCUGAGUGCCACGAGUGAUGGAAACUUGGAACCGGCAGACUCUGAGAGGAGAAUACAUUUUCCAGCCUUGAAACAGAUGUCAUCCUCAGUGAAAAUUCUGUGAGAUUCAGCUGGGAAAAACACUGGACAGUGAUAAACAGAGGCUUUUUCAGAGACGUCAGAUUGCUUCUUUUGAUUUUUUAGCUAGUGUGAAAUGAGAAGUAUGUGGCGCUCUCACUUUGCUUUCUUGGCUUCAUUAUUUGCAGCUGCUCCAUAAUGUCUGCAGAUCUGCAUGGCAGCACUAGCAUCCUGACUGGUGGUAGUUCACAGUCUCUGUAUUUUUGCACUGAUUACUUUGCAGGAGUAUGCAUCCCUAAGGAAUGAGAGACUUGUGGGAUAACCUGAAUGACUUAAAUUAAGUGCUGCAUAAUAAAGUGAAAUUUCUUUUCUGAGUCAUUUCA